AUGGAGAAUGUGUCCAAGGUCAAUACCAACUUUGUUCUCGUUGGACUUGUGGAGAUGGAAAACCUCAAAUAUCUUUAUUCACUUGCAUAUCUCAUCAUUUAUGUAACAACGCUGAUUUUAUGCUCCGCUAUUAUCCUGUUUGUCUGGUUAGAAGAAAAACUUCAUGAACCCAUGUACAUUUUUAUAGGCAAUUUGGUGCUCAACGCCAUGGUGGGAAGCUCAGCCGUUUUCCCCAAGCUAGUGGUGGACCUGCUCAUUGGGUUUACCAGCAUCCAAAUCACUAAUUGCCUCUUCCAGUCAUUCUUUAUUGAGACGUUUGCCUACGUCGAGAUUUUGACUUUCACCAUCAUGGCCUACGAUCGAUAUUUGGCUGUGGGUCACCCGUUGCAGUACCCUGUUCUGAUGACCAAUGGGAAGGCUGUGAAAAGCCUAGCGGUCAUCUGGAUCAUCAUUUUCACAAACCGGAUCAUAGGUGUAGUGUUGACAGCCAGACUUCCCCUGUGUGGGAUUAAGAUAAACAGUGUGUACUGCGAGACCAUGUCCCUUACUCGCCUGGCCUGUGGAGACACCACCGUCAACGCUAUCUACGGUACCACCGGCACGCAACUCAUUGUAAUACUUUCAAUGCUCAUUGUGGUUUACUGUUACAUUAGAACAUUCCUCAUUUGCCUGAAGAUCUCCACUGAAGCCUAUCAGAAAGCCAUCCAUACCUUGGUGACCCACAUAGUGGCCUUUUCAACAUACAUGGCCGCCACGCUCUUUGUUGCCUUCAGAUACAGGUUAAACAUCGGUUCUGUCUCGACCGUUGCUCACACUGUCAUCUCCAUGACCGGUCUGACGGUUUCUGUCACUUUCAAUCCCGUGAUCUACGGAGUAAGAACUGAAGCACUGAGAAUUAAAAUGGUUAACGGAAUUAAAAGAAUCCACAUUCUGACUAAGAAAAAAUAA